UCCUCCGCUUGCUGUCAGCCGCAGUUAGCUUGGCCAGUGCCACUUCAGGUUAAAAAACAAGGUUAGUUGUAGUGACAGCAAGAAUUUUAACUAGAGAGCAAUCAAUUAAUGUUGCGGUGAUCGAGUGUGUUAUGAGAGAAGUGUCCUGUUUAUAAGAUACGGAGAUCUGUCAGAAUGGCCUCAGCCCCUCCACUCAGACGAACAGACUCGGCCCGUGGGGAGUUUUCCCCAUUGAAGCACUUUGUGUUGGCCAAGAAGAUGAUCAGUCAGGUGUUUGAACAGCUACUGGAUUAUGUCAAAGAGACAUCUGCAUUUGUUGAAAAAACUUGUGGAAAUAAAUCUUUGGAAAACAUUGCAAAUGAGGACCAAAAGUUAGAGAUUCAAGCUUAUGCUGACAAGCUGGCAAUUAUAAAGGAGGUACUAGCAAGAAGACACAUGAAAGUGGCAUUUUUUGGCAGGACAAGUAAUGGCAAAAGUACUGUGAUCAAUGCCAUGCUGCGGGACAGAGUAUUGCCCAGUGGAAUUGGACACACAACCAAUUGCUUUCUAAGUGUGGAAGGUACAGAUGAGGACAAGGCUUAUCUGAAGACUGAGGGUUCUGAAGAAGAAAAGAGCAUUAAGACUGUUAACCAGUUAGCUCAUGCUCUGCACAUGGAUGAGAGCCUGGAUGCUGGCUGCCUUGUUCGGGUCUUUUGGCCCAAGACCAAAUGUGCUUUACUUAGAGAUGAUUUGGUGCUUGUUGACAGCCCAGGGACUGAUGUUACAACACAGCUAGACAGCUGGAUCGACAAGUUUUGUUUAGAUGCUGAUGUUUUUGUUUUAGUUGCUAAUUCAGAGUCCACUCUUAUGAACACGGAAAAGCACUUCUUCCAUAAAGUAAAUGAACGAUUGUCAAAACCAAACAUCUUUAUUUUAAACAACCGCUGGGAUGCCUCUGCAAAUGAACCCGAGUAUAUGGAUGAUGUGAGAAAGCAGCACACUGACCGCUGUGUCAAAUUCCUGGUGGAGGAGCUGAAGGUUUUGGAUGGUGAAAAGGCCCCUGACCACAUCUUCUUUGUUUCUGCCAAAGAGGUGCUCAACUCCCGUAUGCAACGAGCACAGGGCAUGCCUGAGACAGGUGGAGCAUUGGCUGAUGGUUUCCAAGAAAGACUGAAUGAGUUCAAGUGCUUUGAGAGGAGGUUUGAGGAGUGUAUCUCGCAGUCAGCAGUGAAAACAAAGUUUGAACAGCACACAAUCAGGGCCAAGCAGAUCACUGAAAAAGUCAAGAGCAUCAUGGAUGCCAUCAACAUUGAGGCGGCAGAGAAGAGAGUGGCAGCCCUGGAGGAUCGAGAAUACCAGAUGGAUCGACUCGAUUUUGUUAAAAAUCAGCUGAACUUACUCAUUGAUGACAUCAAAAAGAAGAUUAAAGCCAUCAGUGAGGACGUUGAAUCAAAGGUUUCCAGUGCGAUGGGUGAGGAGAUCUGUCGUCUACAUGUAAUUGUCGAUGAGUUUCAUGGAGACUUUCAUCCCUCACCUCAUGUUCUCAAGCUCUACAAAUCUGAGCUACUGACUCAUGUUGAGGAAGGCAUGGGCAAAAACCUGGCCUUCCGCUGCUCUGAUGCUGUCACUGCCUCAGUUCAGUCUUGUCAGAGUUACAUGAUUGAGAGCAUGCUUCCUCUGCUCCCAUCUUCAGGCCAGGGGCAAAUCAACAUGUUGGUGCCCAGUCGAAAAUUUGAUCUGAGUUAUGAUUUAAACUGUGCCACAAUCUGCAGUGACUUCCAGGAGAACAUAGAGUUUCAGUUCUCUUUAGGCUGGUCAGCAUUAGUUCACCGUUUCUUGGGCUCUGUCAAUGCACAGAGAGCCCUCAAAAUAAUGGACCAGAACUUUAAGGCUUCUCAACCAGCGUUACCUCCGGCCCAGACCCCUUCCUCAGGGCCUCCCUCCAUUGCUGGACCACCAAACCAACAAACAGCUGUAAUGACACAAGACGACCUAAUGCUCGCCAUGGCAACAAACGUGGCAUCCCUUACUUCCCGCACAUCUAUGAGCGUUAUUGUUGUGGGGGGUGUGGUCUACAGAGCAGUUGGUUGGAGGCUCAUUGCUCUGACUGCCUCUCUAUAUGGUUUGCUGUACCUUUAUGAAAGAUUAACCUGGACAACAAAAGCCAAAGAGCGCUCCCUAAAACGCCAGUUUGUGGACUAUGCUACCGAUAAGCUGCAACUGAUUGUUAGCUUCACAAGCGCUAACUGCAGUCAUCAGGUCCAACAGGAGAUGGCUACAACCUUUGCUCGCCUCUGUAAGCAGGUAGACCAGACACAACGAGAGCUGGAAGUGGAAAUACAGCGACUUACUGUCAAGAUAGAUGAACUGGAGACGGUGCAGAGCCAGUCCAAGAUCUUACGACAUAAAGCCACAGAGCUGGAAAAACAGUUGGAGACAUUCACAAAACAAUACCUGCAGCAACAGCAGUGAGAAGUCCAUAGAGAUCCAGUCAAUCAGUGGAACUAUUUAUUUUUAUAAUGAGUUAAAUAUUUUUUGAAAAUAUAAAAUCUCCAGUCUCUCUAAAAUAAUGUAUUUCCGCUUGUUAUUUUCUUCAAGGUUGUUUUCCUUCUAAAUGUUUUUGAUAUUUUUUAUAGAUAACUUCACGUCUUGUUUGUUUUUUAAUAUUCCCUACUGUUUAUCCUGUCACAUUAGAGUAGAACAAAUCUAUGAUCAGCAGAAAUCACAAGGUGGCACUAUGAUUUCAGUUGGAUAUUGUACCGAGUGGUCAGGUGCUGAUUUGACACUAAUCUGUUUGUAACUGUGAAUAUACCUGUGAAUAUGCCCGUUUGACUUGUUGAGCCAAUGAGCUAUGAAGUUUAAUAAAGUUUUUCAAUAAAAAUGUAAACCAGAAAAGUCA